AUGGACGAGGUCGCCGCUCCAAUAGCAAAAUUUGGCGGCCAAACAUGCGCCAGGAAUAGACAGUACUUCGGCUCGGCGAGUCUGUUUCCUUACGCCGAAAAUGGUCUCGGAGCCCGAGGCGCCGCCGCCGCCGCCGCUGCUGCUGCUGAAGACCGGAACGGUGUCGCCACGGAAGAGGAAACGAGCCGGCGUUGCCGAGCCGCCCUUGAAGCGUCUCCUGAACCCGGGCCCAUUGUUACACACCUGCUCGACCUAUUCUGGAAAUGGCAGUCGUGUCACCUCCUGGUCAUUGACAGAGCCAUAUUCCUGCGACAUCGCAGACUCUGGGAUGAGAGAGGCGGCAACGGUGAUCGAAACUUUUACACUCCUUGCCUCCUUUAUGCAAUCCUCUCCAUGGCUUCCAUGAUCAGCCCUGAUGAGGGUGUAAGGAACUACUCUUGCCCGAGCGGAGGGAUCGCCGGGGAGAAGUUUGCCAAGCGCUCCCGCGCCCUGCUUGAGCUCGAAAUGGAACAUCCGACUAUUGCUACCGUUCAAACGGCUCUCAUUCUUGGAUCGCGCUACGGAGCUAUGGUGGAAAACUCCCUCGGCUGGACCUACAGCGGCAUGGCCUUCCGGAUAGCCAGUAAACUCGCCCUUCAUCUUGAUUGUGGCAAGGCUGUCGCCUCGGGCCAUAUGACAGCUGAGACGGCCAAGCUCCGAAAGACCUUUAUUUCCGCAGUCAGGCGUUCAACUCACAUAGGUUGGUUGAGCGUGUUCCUCCUCACCUUGACCUGUUGA